ACGAGAACCGCCCCUUUUCGUGCCCACGUGGUCUCGGCCUGCUUCGCUGCCUCGUUUAGUUCUGACCCCUGGACGGCGGUCCUCUCCACUUGCUAGUCCGCGGAGGUAUCCUUUCCUGCUUGCUUCAGACCCCACGAGGUCGCCACCUCCGAGGUUGCUGCGGGGCUCUCGGAAGCCCGAGACUGUCUUGAGGCGCAGCCGGCGCCACCCUCCACCCUCCCUACCAGCAUUCCGAUUUCCGUGGUAACAUCUGGGAGGGAAAUGGUCGUGUUUUCGGUGCCCGCUGAAGUCACUGUGAUCUUGUUAGAUAUCGAAGGUACCACAACCCCGAUUGCUUUCGUGAAGGACAUUUUAUUUCCUUACAUCAAAGAAAAUGUUAAAGAGUAUCUGCAGACACAUUGGGAAGAAGAGGAGUGCCAGCAGGAUGUCAAUCUUUUGAGAAAACAGGCUGAAGAAGAUGCCCACCUGGAUGGGGCUAUUCCAAUCCCUGCAGCAUCUGGAAAUGGGGUAGAUGAACUACAACAGAUAAUCCAGGCCGUUGUAGAUAAUGUGUGCUGGCAGAUGUCUCUGGACCGAAAGACCACAGCACUCAAACAACUGCAGGGCCACAUGUGGAGGGCAGCAUUCACAGCUGGACACAUGAAAGCAGAGUUCUUUGAAGAUGUAGUUCCAGCAGUCAGGAAGUGGAGAGAAGAUGGAAUGAAGGUGUAUAUCUAUUCUUCUGGAAGUGUGGAGGCUCAGAAACUAUUAUUUGGGCAUUCUACAGAGGGGAAUAUUCUUGAGCUUUUUGAUGGUCACUUUGAUACCAAAAUUGGACACAAAGUAGAGAGUGAGAGUUACAAAAAGAUUGCAAAUAGCAUUGGAUGCUCAACCAACAACAUCUUGUUUCUAACAGAUAUUACUUUAGAGGCCAGUGCUGCUGAGGAAGCAGGUGUGCAUGUAGCUGUGGUGGUGAGACCUGGCAAUGCAGGAUUGACAGAUGAUGAGAAAACUUCCUACAGCCUCAUCACAUCCUUCAGCGAACUAUACCUGCCUUCCUCAGCAUAGAGGAAACUUCCAUAGAAGACCAAACUGUUCCUCAGAGUUGUCCCCCUAGUGUCUAGUUUUAUUCUAAUGGCAAAGUAACUUACUUCUAUACAUACAUAUGUAUGCAAGUAUAUGUAUGUGUAUGCUCAUUAAUUUUCAUGGGCACAUAAGUGAGGGAAAAAAAAGUCUUAAGUUCAGUGAAGAAACUUAUUUAAAGAUGCUCUAUAUGUAGAAAUAGUUUGAGACCCUAACAGUAACCCACAUUGAGGGCAAAUUGUAGUUGAUAGAAGAAUACAGAUCAAAUGUGUUAUGAGUAUCAAAUCCUAUACCAAAAUGAGAACUUAGUUUUGAAAAUUAUUCAGAGGCCUAUUUUAAAUACUGGAAAUACUUCAGAGACAUUCUUAACAAUUCAUUUCCCUUGUUUAAUGGCGAGUUAGAAGAGUUACAAUAGCUGUAUUUCAUAUUUGCCUCCCUUGGUACAAAAGAUAAAUUUGUUUCUGCUCCAAAAGAGCAAAAUAAGGAAAGAAAAUUUACCUGAGUCUAGAUCAGUCAAGUAUUUGUUACUGAAGAAGAAAAUUACUAAUCAUGUGGCACCCAUAGCCAGUACUCACCUUAUCAAUGAAAAACAUGCAGAUAUAACAGCUAAAAAGGAAAUGUGGUUCUUUAUGUCCAACAAAAUGAUUCUAAUUCUGCUAGUUUUACCAGUUGCCUUUCUAACUUUAUCUUCACACAGUUUAAAAAUAUAUAUUAAUUGCUACUUACUAUUUUUUAAAAUAAAGUUUUUGCUGAAAUUAGUUCAUAACACCCAGAAGAGCCCUAAUAUGUAAUAGUUUCCCCUUGAAUGUGAGAAAUGUAAAUUUUAUAACAGCAUUAUUUAUCCUGGUUCAAUUCUAGUAGGAUUCCAUGUCAGUUUUAUGUUGUGAUUAAUAAAAGCAUUCUCUUCUUUGUUUUAUAGAGGUCCCUGAACUAUACCACAUAUUACCAUAAUCAAAACAAAACUCAGAUUGAAGAAAAAUUUUUUAAAUAAGAAUUUUACUUUAGUUUUGUCUUAAUGUGUAUGAAGCAUGUUUUAAUGAAGUGCCAGUGGAAAAAAAUCAUGGCCAGCAUUUGAAUUAUAUAUAUAUGUGAGGUUACUAUUUCAUCUGGGUUCUAAAAGCUUCAGUGUAUUAGUGGAGUUUCUUAUAUUUAUGAGAGUCUUAUGUUUGAAGUAUAUCAGAUAAUGCUUGAAGGAGGCAAGUAUUUUUCCUAAUGAAUUCUGGAGAAAUAAAUUUAGGAUGUUUCAAAUAAAGAGAAGGAAGUACUCUUGCAAAUAUGAGAGGACAGGGGAUAGAAAUGAUUUUACGUUGAUAAUUUUGAUCUUCUAGUAGCUAAUUUAAAGAAUCUGAAGACGACAAAAUGUAGUAGAAAAAUAGAAAUAUAAAUAAUUUUAAAAUGGAAGUUGUCGCGUUCCUGGAGACCAAAACACUCAGAGUCAUUCCAGGGGAACUGGGCUGCGUGAAAUAACCACACAAGAGACAGAAAUACCUUUUUCUUUGGGGCUUCUGUGUCACUUCCUCUGACCUUAAGGGUUUGCAGAAAAAGAGCAUGCAUGCAAGCUGACUCCUUUUAUUGAGGAGAAACCAUUCAAAUGAGGCAAGGAGUCAGGGUUUCAAGAGGCUGAGUCUAGCUUCAUUAUGUCUGUUGGUUGAUAUCUAGGAAGGCCACAUCCAAGGGCAGAGUAAGAGAAGGGGACACACAAAGUGCGUUUCCAUGGAACAUUCAAGUCCAAACAGGGAAAAAGGGCAAUAUCUCAAAGGAACAGGUGAGUGAAGCUCAACCCAUGGGGCUGCAGGAAGGCAUGCCUACGAAUGAAGACACAUUUAACUGCAUUUUUACUAUUCUCAGGAUCCAGAUCGGGGCUACCCCUUCAGCUACUUAAAAGUUGCCAGAUCACGGAAGUGACAGUGCUCCAACCUAUUAGGAGAAGAAAACACUGGUCACAUGAAAUAAUGGCCUCCCACAGGGAGUAAUUUAUAAAUGAUGGCAAAAUCAAGAACGAUAAUAAAAGGAUGAAUUUUAUAUAUUUUCAGGAAAAGUUCAUGGAUAGAUGUCAGAACAGGGUAUCCCUUAGUAAUCAUAAAGAAGGCACAAUGCAAACUUCUCUUUCAAAGUGUUAGAAGCCCAUAGUGGUUCCAAAGUCCCAAAAUGGCUCAAAGGAGCUCAUGAACAAGAAAAAAAAGGGUGAGGUCUAGAGAGUUUAGGACCCAUAGAAUCCAAGAAUUUAUUUUAUCUUUUUCACCCAGUGGUGGUAAAAAGCAGCCAGUGGGGGCCCAAAGUGGAAGGGGAAUGGGUGCUGGGUAGGAAAAGGGGGAGGAAAGAAAUUCCUGCAACAAAGGUACUAUUACAGGAACUGCCUGGGAUUGUCCUUCCUUUCCCUUAGAAGGGUCAGCUAGCUGUGGUUGGCUGAUGAAGUUUGCCUUUAUCUUAGGCCAAAGAUUUGUAAGUUCAAGGCAGGCCUUGGCAGUUUAGCAAGGCCUUAAGCAAUUUAGAACCUAUCUUGAAUAAAAAGGGUUGGAGAUGUAGCUCAGUGGUAAAUGCCUCUGGGUUAAAUCCCUAGUACCCUACCCCUCCCCCCAAAAAAGUAAGGAAGAAAUGAGAAAAUUAUGCACCAGAAUCUAAAUUAGGAAUUUAAGGGGCUCAGUAUCUAGCCAGCAAAGAAUUGGGGUAGAGAGGCAUUUACUGUCUGUGAUGAAGAAACUUCCUGAAAAACUAUAAUUCACACUGAGUAGAAAGAUGCAAUAUCAGAUUCAGUUUGUCAAAGUGGGAUGUGAAAGGAGGGAGAAUAAAGGUGAGUUGAAUAUUUCUUAGGUCCUAAGGAACGUUAGGGACAGUUAAGUAUGUUGGAGAUGGAUGUUUGUAAGAACUUGAGGAAUCAGUAAAUUGGUUAAGAAGAAUGAAAGAUAACUGCAAAAGUGGGUAUUGAACUAGGAGGAAAAUUCAUAUAAAAUUCCUUUCUUAUGAAAGGAAGGAAAAAUUCCGGAGAUUCAAAAAAAAUGAGAACAAAGGCAUUUAAUUUUCUCAGCAUCUUCAUUUGCAGAGAAUAUAGGAGAUAAAGAAUUUUGAAAGUCAUGGCACUUUCUAUUCCUGGGUCUUAAUAUGAACCUUCUAGUAGAUUUUGUUAGUUGGUAUUUUAGGAAGAGAAACCUCAGACAAAGGAUUCUCUAAUCUUUUUUUUUUUAAUAAUUAUUAAUGCAUAUUAAUUGUACAAAUUGAUGGGAUUCACUGUGACAUUGAGUAUUCUCUAAUUAUAUCAGCAUUUCUGGUGUACAAAGUUUUCCUAUUUGGCCUUCUGGAAGUCUUAUCUUAGUUGCUGAUUAUAACCCAAGUCAAGUAGAGAAUUGCAUAAGCAGAGAUUGAUCUCUAUUCCUGAGACAGAUUCAUGACAGACUUUUCCCAGCAGAUGGUGCUGUUUCUCCAGAAAACUAGGCCAGCAGAUGGAGCAUUAGGCGGGGAAUGAGUAUGGUUCAUUUAUUGAUUGAUGAUUGAUGGACACAAUUUUAUUUUGUUCAUUUUUUUUAUGUGGUGCCUCACACAUGCUCUACCACUGAGCCACAACCCCAGUCCUAAGUCAUUUAUUCUUAAAAGCCAACAGCAUGAUAUUGCAAGAGUCAGACUAGUUGUGGAAAAAAAUGGCAAUGUUCUCAAAUGAAAUCCACCCACUAAUAUUCUUCCUCUCCUUAUCCCCUAAAGUGCAUUUUUAAAAACAGUGAUUUGGGGUAAAUAGUUUUUCCAGCUACUGUGUUUUAAAAAGGCUUGUUUUCAGAUUUUUUUUUCAUUCCUAUCAGAGUAUAAAAGUUGAAUAUAGAAUGUGCCAAAACAAUUUGCUAUCCUACCACCCAUGCCUUGAAGGCAAAAUGAUAUUAUUCUCAACCUAAGAUUUGGGAAUACUUUGCAGAUUUUGCUGAUAUACUUGGAAUAACUAAUAGAAGUAAAAUUCACCACUCUCCUUACAAAUUAACCCCAAAUCUACUGUGAAGGGUCAUAUUCCCCACUGCCGUAGUACAUAUAUUCUUAGAGGAGAGGGACUGUAGCCAAUAAUGACAACAAAAAAACUAGAUGCAAGCAAGUGCUAUACUUUUUACCAGGGAAUGCAAAACACAUGACCUUCAUCUGAAUGUGAAAGACUAGAUAUCGAAGAAGCUAGGAGAAAUCAUUUCAUGCAGAUAGUACAGCAAAGAUCUAGGGCAAAACUUGGCCUAUUCAGGAAUUGGGAAGCCAGUGCCUGGAUGCUGUCAAAAAGUACACAAAAACCAGAUGAUUAGGACUGGUACCCCAGUAAAGUGUCUGAAUUGUGUUUUUUGGUGGUGGUGGUGGUGGUUUUUUUUCAUUUUACUUUGUUUUUUUUUCAAUGUUACAUGCAGUUAAAAAGAAAAAUAAUUAACAGGAUUAUUAGCAUUUACAAUGCUUUACAAAGAAAAAGGACUUUAAAAACAAUUUAGUUCAGACUUAAGAAAAAGCUCUAAAUACUUAUAGUAAAUCUAUUUCCAAAUGUUCAGUUUGGACCAAAAUUUAAGAUAGCAUUUGGUAGAUAUUUAUUUCUGUUGUCUAUUUGUAGUAUUUUUUAUAUAACCUCUGAUUCUUGGGAUAUCCAGCCCCCAUUUUCCUAAUUCAGCAUUGUAUUCUAAGUGUGGUGGGAAGUCACCACAGGAUUUGAGCAGGGGAUUAUAGGAUCGAUUUACAUUUUUAAGUAAUUCUUUAUGAGGUGGAGAAUGGAUCACAGGUAAGCAAGGUCAUUUAUUCUUAAAAGCCAACAGGAAGACCAGUUAAGUAUGCCAGAGUUGAGUAAAUAAGGGGUAAGAUUUUUAGAAAAUAGGAGGGGGAAUAGUUAGGAGAACUACCAAUGGACUGUGGAAUCAAGGACAUUGCCACUGCUGCUCACAGUCACAAAGGUGGCCACACAUUGCAAUGCUGGGCCUCCAAACUCACAACUCUGCAACCUUGCAUGCCAGUUGCCACUGUCUUGCUUCUCUUUAUAAUCUUUGUGUUUAUGUUGUGUUUCAAUGACAGUAUCUAACUUCAGCCCAGGACUCAAUGUGUAACAGUAUCUGGGAAAUGUUUUUAAUUUUCCAAUUCCUCCAAUUAGCAGGUGCAAUGACAAUUGACAGAGCCAGUUGCUGGAUCUAAGAUAGGAAGCUUUUACAGCAGUAAAGAUAAAGGAGGGUGGCAACUUGCCUUAGGGUGAUAAUGGUGAAAACAGAAGUGGGCACUUUCAGAAUAUGUUUCAGAAAUGUCAAGGACUGCAAUUCUUGAUUAAUUGAAUUUGAAAAGAUAGGUCCUAGGUUUUUAGCUUGGAUAGAUGGCACCACUAAAAACCAGCAGUGUCACUGACACAAUGUGAAAAGCCAAUGCUGAUAUUGAUUAUAAAUAAAUAAAUAAAUAAAUAACCAAACAACAAUUGGAUGUAAGUCUAGAGUUCAGGGCCCUGGAUUGGAUGGAGAUCUAAUUCAAGAGUUUAUUGGCAAAGAAAUGCUAUGAAAAGCUUUGGGAUCCUAAACUGAGCUUUUAAGUUCCAACAUGAGAGUUUGAGCAAGGAAGGAGGACAGCAAAGGAAAAGGAUUGGUAUGGAGGAAUGAAAACCAGGAGAAUGGCACAAGUCAAAACAGGAGGGAGAACUUACAUCAAGCACUGGUAAGAAUUCAAGGAAGUUGAGAUUACCAAUGGCCCUUGGAUUAGACAAGUACAGUUUCAGGAGAGUACUGGUAAUGGCAGAAAGAUUAGUUCAAGUUGAAGAGAGAAUAUGUUGUCUACCUAAAUAUUUAUCAAUUUUGCUGGUUUUUUUCAAAGAAUCAACUGUGGUUUUGUGGUUCUCUAUUUUGUUUAUAUGUACUCUCCAUUAUUUUCUCCCUUCUGCUUGCUUUGAGUUUAGUUUGCUCAUUUUUCUAGAUCUUUAAGAUGUUUAGGUAGUAGUUUUGCAAUCUUUCUUAGAUGAGGAAGGGUACUAGGGAUUGUACUCAGGGGGUGCUGAAGAUGGCUUUAAACUUUCAAUCCUCUUGCCUCAGCCUGCUGAGUCAAUGAGCAGGUAUAUACCACCACAUCCCAUCAUUCUUUCUUCUUUUUUAACAUAAGCAUUAUAACUCUCAAUUUUCCUCUAACCACUGAUUUCACCAAAUCCCAUAGAUUUGAGUAUAUUGUGUUUCUAUAUCUAUAUAUUUGUCUCAAAGUAUUUUCUGAUUUCCUUUGUGACUUCUUGACACACUGACUAUUCUAAGAGUGUAUUGUUUAAUUGCUAUAUAUCUGUGAAUUUUCUAAGGUUUUGUCUACUGUUGAUUUCUGAUUUCAUUGUAUCAUACUUUGAGAACAUCCUUUAUACAGUUUUCAUUUUUUUAAAUGUAUGACCUAACCUAAGACCUAUUCUGAAGAAUGUUUUUUAUGCACUGGAGAAUGUAAUUUGCUAUUGUUGGAUGGAGUAUUCUAUACGUGUCUGUUAAGAGCUAGUUGGUUGAUAAUGUUACUUGAAUCUUCUGUUUCCUUGUUGAUGUUCUUUCUGGUUACUGUUAUUCAAUGUGAGGUAUUGAGUUCUCCAUCUAUUAUUGUUAAAAUAUUUUUCCCUUCAAUUCCAGUUUCCCUUCAUAUAAUUUGAUGCUCUGUUGUAAAAUAUGUGUGUGUGUAUGUGUGCGUGUGUGUUUAAAAUUCUUAUGACUUCUUGAUGGGUUGGCCCUUUGAUAUUAUAGUGUCCGUUGUCUCAUAUAAUACUUUUGGUCUAAAAGUUUAUUUUAUCUAAUAUUAGUAGAGUGACUUCAGCUUUCUGUUUACAUAGAAUAUCUUUUACCAUCUUUUUACUUCCAAUUUAUUUAUGUUUUUGAAUCUAAAAUGUGUUUCUUGAAGAGAGUGUAUAAUGGGUUAUGUUUUAAAAUUCAUUCUGCCAUUCUCUGUCUUUAAAUUGUAUUAGUUUCCUGGAGCUGCCAAGAACCACAAACUGUUUGCUUAAAGCAACAGAAACUUAUCCUCUCACAGUUCUGGAUGCUAGAUAUGUGAAAUCAAGUUGUCAGGAGUCGGUUCCUUAAGAGGCACUGAGGGAGAAUCUGUUCCUUGGCUCCUAGCUUCUGGUGAUAGUGAAUAGUCCAUGGUAUUUCCUGAUAUAGUGAUGCAUUAAUCCAAUUUCUACUUUAUUUCACAUGGCAUUCUUCCUGCAUCUGUAUCUUAUAACUGCUGUGCUGGAUUAGGGUCCUAUCCUAAUCCCAUGUAAUAUCAUUUAAAUUAUAUAUACAAUGAUUUUCCAAAUAAGAUUGUAUUCUGAGUUUCUGGGGAUUAGGAUUUCAACAUAUUUUGAAUGGGCGGGGAAGAGGGACACCAAAUUUAACCCAUAACAGCAAGAAUUUGUUAGGCUUUUCAGAGCCCUUAUUCACCAAAACAUCUCAUUCUUCAGCCUUUCUUACCAAAGUUUUUGGUUCAUUUAUUGUUUACCUCAGUGUUACUCAUUAUUCCAGGUAGCUGUAAUUAAAAUAUUUGGGAACUGGCAGAGUUCCAAGUUAGGUAGGUUAAAGGAACAUCAUUUGAGCAGGUCCUCCAAGGAGCUACAAGACAGGUUACUAUGGACUAAAUUGUCCCUCAAAGUCAUAUAUUGAAGUCCUACCCACAAAUGUGAUUACAUUUGGGGACGAGGAGUUAAGUAUUAGUUAAGAUGAAAUGAAGUCAUAGGAAUGGGGCCCUAAUCUCAUAAGAUUGGUAACCUUAUUAGAAGAGGAGGAGACACCAGAGUUUAUUCUCUCCCAUGAGGACAUAGAAGGUAGCACCUACAAGCCAGAGAGUUCUUGCUGGAAAUGUAAUCACUUUGACCUUGGUGGACUUACCAGACUCCAGAACUGAGAAAUAUCUACCCAAUCUAUAUUAUUUUGUUACAACAGCCCACACAACCACAAUUCUUCACAAAUAAGAUGCAUUACUUUGCUUGCUAUGGCACUCAGAACCAGAAAUAGGCUGUUAUCUUCAAGGCCAUCACAGAAUUGGUACCUAGAUAAAUUAAAACACCACAAAGCCCUGUUUUUUUACUGAGAUUUUUUUUUAAUAAGUGUUCCCUGCUUUGCUGUGUAUUUUUGCUUAGUUUCCAGAAUCCCAUAAAAGUUGUUUCUGAUUUUUUUGUUUUGGUGCUGUUGUACUUCCAUUUUAACCGAUAUCACCCCACGUUGCUGUUUUUGUUGUUGUUUUGGUAGUGCUGGGACCCAAACCUAGGGCUUUGUGCAUUUGUUAGACAAGCGCUCUACCACUAAGCUAAACCUGCAGUCUCCAUGUGCUACUUUUUACAGUAUGACAUUGACCCUCCUCUUAAGUCUGGAUGGAAAUGUAUGAUGCUUCAACCAAAAGAAGUCAACAAACAUGAUGCUUUGUGACUUCCCAGGCUUGGUUAUGAUGCAAGAACUCUUUUUUUCAAGAGCUGGGAGUUAAACACCUACUCUCAUGUUGUGGGAGAGCCCAGACUUGCCUGUGCAGAGGAGAACAAAGCCCCCCCCACCAAGUUAACAGCCAGUUUUGAUCUCCAGAUAAGGGAAAAAAAAAAAAAACUAGCCUUCAGAUGCUUCCAACCUCCACUCAGCAUCU